UAUGUGUGUGUGUGUGACACGGGACUGCCCAUGUGCCCGGCUGGUUGUAGUUGUAAUUUUUCUAACCAGCUGAGAAGUCUUGACUCCUCAUGACCAUCUUUUUUUUUUUUUUUAACUUUGUUUAUUCCCCUCCCCCACCCUCCCGGAAGGGACUGAGUGAAGAAUUGGAAAGAUACUCGGAUUCCCUGAAGAAGCCCCUAUCCGGAAGUCGUUUUCUUUGGGGGGGGGCUUUUAAGUGGAGGAGGGUUAGGACAGGCUAGACUCUCUCCAGGGCUCUGGUCUCCAGGGUGGAGAGACCCUGGCGUUGGCCGGGUCUUGCAGGGUUGGUGGUUAUAGCUCUCUCCCCUUUUGAGCAGACAGCCGUGAGUGGAGAGGGGCUUGGGGGUCAUGUGCAGUGUAUUUAUGUAAGACUCCCAGACAGAGGGCACUGGUAUUUAUAUAACCUGGCGUGGGUAUUUAUGUAAUAUAGGAUGCAGUGUAUUUAUGUUCCUUUCCUAACCUGUGGCUUUCCCAGAUGCCAUGUAUGGUCUCUGAGUUGGCGUUAGUGGAAACCCGGCUUUGGGGGGUGGGGGGGUUGUUUGUGAGUACACAGCCAGCCCUCCCUUUCCUGUAGGGGUCAUAAGUGUGAACCUCUACAACCGUCUUCCCCUGGUGGGUGCACUUAGCAAGCUGGACCAUGUGUGGACCCGUGGUGCCAGGCUGGUGGGUUUUCUGCAGAUAUGCAGUACUGCUGUUGGCAUCCAGGGCAGCUCAGCUGGGCCAGGCCAGCCAUGUGGGCAGAGACCCAUGAUGGAGAGCCCAGAGUUUGGCUGGCACCCAGUGGCAGCCACUUCCUUGUGGCUGGUGGAAAGACUGUGGUGGCUCUCUGGGAGCUAGUACUAGGCUAGGGUGUCUCUCGUGGCUUGGAUCUCUUGGCUCUUGGGCUGAUCAAGGAGCCCUAGUGAAUCUCUCCCGGCUUCCUUCCAGGCCUGGCAGCUGGGGGCAGGCUUGGCCCAGGGAAGGGGCAGCACAGUCACUGUCUCACCUUCGAUUUUUACUUCUCAAGCCUGGAGUGAAAUAUGUUCUGGGUAGGAGGCCCUGUUUGGUUCUAGCAAGGUUGAAGCAUGGAGCUGCGUGUGGGAAACAAGUAUCGCUUGGGCCGGAAGAUCGGCAGUGGGUCCUUUGGCGACAUCUACCUGGGUGCCAACAUUGCCUCUGGUGAGGAAGUAGCCAUCAAGCUCGAAUGUGUGAAGACGAAGCACCCACAGCUCCACAUCGAGAGCAAGUUCUACAAGAUGAUGCAGGGAGGAGUGGGGAUCCCAUCCAUCAAGUGGUGCGGGGCUGAGGGUGACUAUAACGUGAUGGUCAUGGAGUUGCUGGGGCCCAGCCUGGAAGACCUCUUCAACUUCUGUUCCCGAAAGUUCAGCCUCAAGACGGUGCUGCUGCUGGCCGACCAGAUGAUCAGCCGCAUCGAGUAUAUCCACUCCAAGAACUUCAUCCACCGGGACGUGAAGCCUGACAACUUCCUCAUGGGCCUGGGGAAGAAAGGCAAUCUGGUAUACAUCAUUGACUUCGGCCUGGCCAAGAAGUACCGGGAUGCCCGUACACACCAGCAUAUUCCCUACCGGGAAAACAAGAACCUGACCGGCACUGCCCGCUAUGCCUCUAUCAACACCCACCUGGGCAUUGAGCAAAGCCGUCGAGAUGACCUGGAGAGCCUGGGCUAUGUGCUCAUGUACUUCAACCUGGGCUCCCUGCCCUGGCAAGGCCUCAAAGCAGCCACCAAGCGUCAGAAGUACGAGCGGAUCAGCGAGAAGAAGAUGUCAACGCCGAUCGAGGUCCUCUGCAAAGGCUACCCCUCUGAGUUCUCAACUUACCUCAACUUCUGCCGCUCCCUGCGGUUCGAUGACAAACCUGACUACUCCUACCUGCGCCAGCUCUUCCGCAAUCUCUUUCACCGGCAGGGUUUCUCCUAUGACUACGUCUUCGACUGGAACAUGCUCAAAUUCGUGAGUCACCGGCAGGCCAAGGCGGGCUUGGGGGACUGGACAGGGCAGGCCCUGACUCAUAAGGCCAGAGUGACCUGGUGGGGGGCGGGGCUCCCGUUAAACGGGAGAUAUGAGCUGGACAGUGUGAGUGACGUCACAGGGGUCCCAGAACCCCUCGUCUCCAGCCACCUUGGCAUAGACAGGGCAUGUCGCCAUGGGGGGCAGGGCCCUGGGAAGGCACCACCUCCUGCCAGGUGGGAGAGGACCUGGCGUGGCCUCCAGUCCCUCUUGUGUACCUAUGGCCAAUGGAUGGCACUGGCUGGACCCUCUGCAGCCCUGAUAGCUGUCUGUAUUCUCCUGUUCCUCUUGUGCAUAUCCCAAGUGGUGGCCCUUUCUGAGGCCUCCCUGGCCAGCCUGGAUCCUAUCAGAGUGGCUUCUUUGUUCCUGGUUAUAGGACCCUGGGUCUUACUAGGUAGUUCUGUCUCCCUCUUCUAAGGGUCCUGGGGUGGGGAGGUAGGGAGAAGCAUUCACCAAUCAAUGCCUCAAGCGCUGGAAUCCGUGAAAUUGUGUGUCUUGUUUCACAUCUCUUCUGGAAAAGGGGGCUUCAUCGAGCCAGGCUCAGCCCCGAGACAACGAAGCUCUUGCGUCACCCUGCCCCCGCCCUUGGCCUUGCGCUGGGCCCACUUACUCGCCCACUUACUGGUAAGGAUCUUCCAAGGCCUGGCCCUUCAUAGAUGUGUGACUUAGCCAGCAGGCACGAAGGCUUAGCCUCAGCAAUGCUCUCUCUGUCCUUUCCAGGUGCCCGGCGCCCCUGGGCACCCAAGGACCCCCAGAUAGGCCGGUGGAGGAGGUGGAACAGCUGCCCCCUCAAAGAUACUGGCCUGUGGUCUGGACUCCAGGGCCCCAGUUCUGAUACCACCAGGGUGUCUCAGCCAUCUCUGCCAAGCUUGAGGUGGCUGUCCAGUGGAAAGGUUAUGACAGAAAGCCCCUGCAUGGGAUUCUGAGGAGUAAACCAGCUGCCUGAGGACUAGACAAGUGUGAAGAAGGAGCAGUGACUGUCUAGGAGGGGUUGGUGGCAUAUCACAGGACCCUGCUCGAUCUAGACCCCAUUAUCGGCCUAUGUAUUGAAUCUGAGCUCAUUAAAACACUUCCUCCUCUUCGUCCACGUGUGCCUCUCUUUUCACAGAGCGGCCCUUGGCCCCCCACUCCAUCCAGUGUUAAGAAUGAACGUAGAUAGGCCUUGUCUUCUGGGCACCAAGAUGGGCACAUUGAUUUUUGGCCUCUUCUCUUUGGGCCCAAUCAGUGGCCUGGGCCUGUUCUCUAAGGAAGCAUCACAGGCUGGGGACCUUGGGGCAAAGCUCUGUGGCUUUUUAUGUCUGGGACUGGAGUGAAAAAGGUGGGCAGUGAGGCUCCUUCCAGCUCAGAUCAUGUAGGCCACGGGCCUGGUCGUGCAGCUAGCUCUUAUAUUACCGGAUGUUCAAGGCCUGGGGCACCAGACAUUUGCUACAGAAAAUUACCCACGUCUAAUUUGGGGAUGGGCUUUGACCCUUCUCAGUGAAGCUCAAAAGAAUAGACUUUGUAUUCUCUAGACCUCGGCAUCCCUCUGUCGUAGCCACAUAGUGCUGACUUUCAUUCACUGAAGUCAUUGGGAACAGUUGCCAGCUCCUCAGUCAGUCACCAGAUUUCACUAAGAAACGACAAGUGGCUGCCACAUCCAGCAUGACAGAUGGGGACAUUUGUCCUCUGGGAGACUCUGGACAGCUGCAGGAGAUGCUUCCUGCACAGUGCCCUUUGUGUGGAUGGCCAGUUGACAGAAUUUCACACCAGGCCAGAUAAACACCCUCCUGGCCCAGCCGCCAGUGCCAUGAUCCCCUCCCUGGAGUCUCCUUGGAGGAAGUAGACUCUAGAGUUCAAAGCUGGACAGCCUUCACUCCGCCUCUUGUGAGCCUGUCACCAUGUGGCCAGCUUCAUUGCCAAGGCUGGCCAUCUGCAGAACUCACAGGAGAAACUUUCACAGCCGUCACCCUGAGACCAGGCCUUCCCACCUGCCCUGGGACAAACAAGCCAUCAGCCACAAGACUCUCUGUGGGCAACAGACCGGAAGGAUCCGCUUGACCUUGAAAUGACCACCUGUGUUCCACCCCAGGGAACCGGAAUCCCCGGAUGCUCCUCUCUGAGAACACAACCACUAUUCUAGCCAGGAGGAGACUCCAUACAGCCGAGGACUGGGGUCUGUAAGAUAAAGCUAGACCCUUGUGUGGCUUUGCACUGACUUCUGUGUUUUCUUCUGGGCAAAUAAAGGCCGUGACAACUC